GGUUCCGGGAACAGGCCGGGGCGUGGCAAGGAGGCUAGGGCCCCGCGGGUCGCUGAGGUUGCGGCGGCACGGUGGCCCUGGGCUUGGUCCGUCUGUUUUUCCGUCUGUCUGUCUCGCCAUGGCUGCGCCGGCGCCCUCUCCGCGGACCCUGUUGCUGCUGCUGCUGCUGCUGCUGUUGCUGCCGCCGCCUCCAGGUGCCCAUGGUGAGCUGUGCAGGCUCGUUGACGAAGACAACAUGAUCCCAGAGUCCUGUCCUGAUUUCUGCUGCGGCUCCUGUUCCAGCCAGUACUGCUGCUCUGAUGUGCAGAAGAGGGUCCAGUGGGAUGAGGAUACGUGUACUGCGCCAGAGGGCAGCAGAUUUUCCACCCACCCGGAGACACUGGAGCAGCUGGGUUCGGCGCUGAGAUUUCGAUCCAGUUUUGACAGUGACCCCAUGUCAGGGUUCGGAGCGACUGUCGCCAUUGGCGUGACCAUCUUUGUGGUGUUCAUCGCCACCAUCAUCAUUUGCUUUACCUGCUCCUGCUGCUGUCUGUAUAAGAUGUGCUGUGACCGACCGCGCCCUGUCGUGACCAACACCACAACCACUACUGUGGUUCAUACACCUUACCCUCAGCCUCCAAGUGUGGCCCCCAGCUACCCUGGACCAACGUACCAGGGCUACCACCCCAUGCCCCCUCAGCCAGGAAUGCCAACAGCACCCUACCCGACGCAGUACCCACCACCCUACCUGGCCCAGCCCGGGGGGCCACCAGCCUAUCAUGAGAGCUUGGCUGGAGGUCCAGCUGCACCCUACUCCGCCAGCCAGCCUCCAUACAACCCGGCCUACAUGGAUCCCCCAAAGGCAAUGCCCUGAGCCUGUUCCCCACCUCUCUGGCUGCCAUUUGAUUAUGUCAUGUGUGAGUGAGUGGUAUGCAGAGUUCUUUACUGCUCUCUGUGCUGUGUGCCUUGUCUAGACAUGUGGCUUCCUCUGAUGCUGAGCAGGUAGGCACAAAUCCUUACCAGUGUGGGACCAACCUGUUUUCUUUCUCACUUAGAAUUAUACUUUCUGAAAUCUCAAGUAAAUUAAAAACAUUGGGGUAGGAAGAAUUUCCCAGUUCACCCCAGGGUGACCAGCCGUGGCCUGUCACACUUAGGAGUAAGCUUUUUGUGGGCACAUGGCCUGCUCUGGGGAGUAACCAGCUAGCUGCUACUCAGGGCCAUGGCUUGUGCCCAGGGCUUGGCUGCAUUUUGCAGUGAGGCAGGUAGAACAAGGGGCCCGGCUGCAGCUCAGUGGUGGGUCAGCUCCCCAUGUCAGCACACCAGGCAGAGCACCAUCUGCCCACCGUCAGUUGUCUAGACUGUCCCGGGGUCUUUCCUGGGACUAUGUAGAGGGCCCCAGUGGGGAAGCUCUUCCGCUUUGCUGGCCCGGCUCCUGCCACUAGGCAAGGGGCCUCUGUCCACCACAGGCCCAUUUCUCCCUGCAGUGGCUUGUUUUACUUUCAGCCAAACAUUUUGCCUCUUUUCUGUCUCCAGAUGUGUGUUAGUUGGUAUGAGAUUGAAAUCCUUGGUUCCUGGAGGAUAACCUGGCCUCUGAUAGUCCAUUUCCCUUUACACCAGCCUCAUAGAAUACCUGAGUCCUGUAUAGCAGUCCAGUCCUGGCCGCAGGGACACCGGGGCCAAGGGGCUCUCUGGACCACAGGUGGGGGUGGAAGGCGAAGGUGGUAGUUCUGGCUCAGACAUGAAUACCUCACCUCGGUGUCCCGUCGGCUGCCGUUCCUCCAGAUGUCCUAGCUUUGUGUCUAUUGGUGUGGUUCUGAGCAUCCAGGCUCUGUGCCCUUGUUUAUAAUAAAUGCAAGUAUUUGGA